CAAUUCAUGAGAAAUCUGGUAAUAGAAGAAGACUGGUAAAAUGGUCGAUAUGGCUAUGAGGAGGGCAAUCCUGGCCUGCUUGUGUCUGUCGAUUGUAGUCCGGCAUGCGCAGUGUGGGACCGUCUUGUCUGUGCUGAUGCCAGGCCCGCUCAGCCACCUCUUUAACAUGAAAAAGAUUGCAGAAGCGGUCGCUGCUCGAGGGCACACAGUAAAGUUCCUUGUGCUCGACAACAACGCCCACGCGCUGCAGCCGACGGACGUCCCGGUGCUCACUUACAGCAUUCCUGUCGUCAAAGGACCGUUCGAUCCAGCCGCAAUGAAGGUCAAGGGCGCCCAGAACUUCGUCCAGACCGUGGCAGACAUUACCAGGGUCUUUGUGAGCGGCUGCGAUGGCAUCCUGUCCAAUGACACCCUCAUGGCUCAGCUGAAGGACUACAACCCAGAGCUGCUGCUGGCAGAGACUCUCAGCCCCUGCGCACAGGUCCUGGCGUCCAAGCUGGACGUUCCCUUUGUGAACUUCCAGAUGUACGCCCCGAUCGAGUCAGUCCAGACCUCUGCCUGGCGCGGCAGCAACCGCAACGCAUUCACCCCCAACCCUCUCGCGUACUUCCCCCAAAAGGACAGCGGCAUUGAGACCCAGCACAUGAGCUUCCCGCAAAGGCUGCACAACUUCGUCGCCUAUUGGAAGUUCCAUGCUGGCGAUUACUGGCAUGUGCGGCCCAUCGUGCGGAGCGCUUUCCGGCGAUUUGGCGUGGAUCCGGACGCGCCGAAGGAACGCCGUCGGAUGGUCAUGACGAUGUGCAUUGCGGAUUUUGCCAUAGAAUGGCUGCGGCCGCUGCCGCCAAGCUACAAGCUGAUCGGAGCCGUGCUGCCCGAGCCUGCCCAGCCACUGCCCGCCGAUCUCGAGGAGUUCAUGGAGGGUGCAGGGGAUGACGGCGUGCUGCUCGUUGCCAUGGGCACAAUAGCAACACUGGGGAAAGCCGAGCAGCGCGCGAUGGCGGCUGCGUUCGCAAAGUUGCCGGUGCGUGUGCUGUGGCGGCUGUCCAAGUCUGAGGUGCCAGAUGAGUCAGCCAUCGCAGAGCUCAAGCUGGGCAACAACACAAAGGUGGCGACGUGGCUGCCUCAGAACGAUGUGCUGGGCCACCCCCGCACGAAGGCGUUCCUGUCACACUGCGGUGUGAAUGGACUUUACGAGGCGGCGUAUCAUGGCGUGCCAAUUAUUGCGCUGCCCUUCUUAGCAGAGCAACGUGAGAAUGCCGACAAGGCCGUGGGGCGGGGCCUGGCGCUGCGAUUGAACCACGAGGAUUUACUGACGGGGCAGUUCUCACACACCAUCACGCGCGUGCUGACGGAGCGAAGCUUCAAGGAAGUCGCCGAGAAGCUGUCUGUGAAGCUGCGCGCGCGGCCGCGGACGCCCACCCAGGAAGCUGCCGACUGGAUAGAGCAUGCGCUGGCCACGCACGGGGAGGCGUACCUCCAGACACCGGAUCAGGACCUGUCGCUGUUUGUGCGCCUGUCCCUGGACGUCUGGGCUGCAUGCUUAGUCGUCAUAGCGUUAGUCAUCCUCGUCGCGGCUAAACUGGCGCGCCUGGCGUGCGCCAAACUUGACGACGCGCUGAUUCACCGCGUCAGCAUUGCUAAUAGCAAGGGGGGUGCAGCUUCCUACAGCAGCCUGCCGCACACCGAUGGCGCAGAAACAGUCAUCAACGGUGCCCAUGUGCAGUCGUCUUAG